AGGUAACAGAAGACAUGCUUAGAAAUAAUGAUAGUAUUUAACAUUUUUAAAUAUUAAAUGCUUAGAAAGAAUUUAAGGCUAGAUACUGUGUAUCUGAACAGUACAUCUUAUUUUCUCAUUAUAUUGAACAUGACAGUCUAGUGAAAUGGGAGUGAGGUAAAGAAAAAUAUUAAGGUAUAUAUUUUUUAAAUGAAAUUAUAGACGUGCUUUAAGAAUUUUAGUGAAGCGUUUUGAGAUAAUAGAUGAUUUCUUGAUACUAUAGGCAACAAUUCUAAUAUUGGUAGACUGUACUAAUAGAAAUGAAACAUUAGAGAAUAUUCAUUUAGAAUAAAUAAUUUAAAAAUCUUAUUUUUGGCAAGAUCAGAUAUUAACCUAUAAUAUUUUGUUUUAAAAUUUGGUAAUUAGCUAUUCGGUUGGCCAAAAGUUUCAUUCAUUUUUUUUCUGUAAGAUGACUCUAGUAGCACUUAGUUGUCUUUAACUUCAUUCGAAGCAGUUUUUUUAGAUUGUAUGUGACAGCUGUCAUAUCAGCAUGCAUUUAAAAAAAGACAUCAAAAUUGGUGAAUUUUUGUGUAGCCAUUUUAAUAUUGAAGAUGGAAGGAAAAAAAGCAGCAUUUUCGGUCUGUUAUGCUUUAUUAUUUCAAGAAAGGUAAAAAAGCAACUGAAACACACAAAAAGAUUUGUGCAGAGUAUGGAGAAGGUGCUGUGACUGAUCGAACAUGUCAAAAGUGGUUUGCGAAGUUUCAUGCUGGAGAUUUCUCGCUGGACGGUGCUCCAUGGUCGGGUAGACCAGCUGCAGUUAAUAGAGAUCAAAUUGAGACAUUGAGAACAAUCAACGUUAUACCACGAGGGAGAUAGCCAACAUACUCAAAAUAUCCAAAUCAAGCAUUGAAAAUCAUUUGCACCAGCUUGGUUAUGUUAAUCGCUUUGAUGUUUGGGUUCCUUAUAAAUUAAGUGGAAAAAACCUUCUUGACUGUAUUUCCGCAUGUGAUUCUCUACUUAAAUGUAAUGAAAACAUUCUGUUUUUAAAACAAAUUGUGACGGGCAAUGAAAAGUGGAUACUGUACAACAAUGUGGAAUGGAAGAGAUCAUGGGGCAAGUGAAAUGAACCAACACCAACCACACCAAAGUCUGGUCUUCAUCCAAAGAAGUGAAAUAGAAAAAUCUGGUACUGUUCCUAUAGCCAAGCCAAGUGAAACUGAGCAAUCUGAAACUGAUUGUGAUGUUGGUGAGGCCCUUGAUGCAAACGCUCCAGUUGACCAGCCUUCCUUUGUCAGUCCACCUGAAAGCCUUGUCAGCCAGCAUAUAGAAAAUGUGUCAUCUUUGCAUGCUAAAGGAAAGAUAACAAAAUCGGAAUUUGAAUCAAAAGUUUCAUCAAGUGAUCAGGGUGGUGGUGACCCAAAAUCUGCAUUGAAUGCUUCAGAUAAUUUAAAAAGUGAGAGUUCUGAUUAUACAAAACCAGGAGAAAUUGACCCUGCAUCUGUAACAAAUCCCAAAGAUCCAGAAGAUAUACCAACAUUUGAUGAAUGGAAGAAGAAAGUUAUGGAAGUAGAAAAAGAAAAAAGUUUGUCUGCAGGUCAGUCAAUGCAUCCAUCUUCUAAUGGAGGUCUACAUGCCACAAAAAAGGUCCAGAAAAAUCGAAAUAAUUAUGCUUCAGUAGAAUGUGGUGCCAAAAUUUUGGCAGCUAACCCAGAAGCCAAGAGCACAUCUGCUAUUCUUAUAGAAAAUAUGGAUCUUUAUAUGUUGAAUCCCUGCAGCACUAAAAUUUGGUUUGUUAUUGAACUCUGUGAACCAAUUCAAGUAAAACAGUUUGAUAUUGCAAAUUAUGAAUUAUUUUCUUCUACUCCUAAAGACUUUCUGGUUUCUAUCAGUGACAGAUACCCCACAAAUAAAUGGAUUAAGCUGGGUACUUUCCAUGGUAGAGAUGAGAGGAAUGUCCAGAGUUUCCCUUUAGAUGAACAGAUGUAUGCAAAAUAUGUGAAGAUGUUCAUCAAGUACAUAAAGGUGGAGUUGGUAUCACAUUUUGGAUCAGAGCACUUUUGUCCAUUAAGCCUUAUAAGGGUAUUUGGCACUAGCAUGGUGGAAGAAUAUGAAGAGAUUGCUGAUUCCCAGUACCAGUCAGAACGUCAAGAACUAUUUGAUGAGGACUAUGAUUACCCACUGGAUUAUAAUACUGGGGAGGAUAAAUCCUCAAAAAAUCUUCUUGGAUCUGCUACAAAUGCCAUUCUAAAUAUGGUGAAUAUUGCCGCUAAUAUUCUGGGAGCAAAAACUGAAGACCUGACAGAAGGAAAUAAAAGUAUAUCUGAGAAUGCCACUGCCACAACUGCACCUAAAAUGCCUGAAUCAGCUCCUGUUUCAACUCCUGUUCCAUCACAUGAGUUUGUGACUACUGAAGGACUUGUACAUGACACAGAGCCAUCAUCACCAGAUACUACAAAAGAGGGUCCCAUUGUACAACUAGUUCAAGAAGAGGAAGAGGAGGCAAGUCCUUCUACAGUGACCCUUCUGGGUAGUGGUGAACAAGAGGAUGAAACGUCACCUUGGUUUGAGUCAGAGACACAAGUAUUUUGCAGUGAACUGACCACAAUUUGUUGUAUUUCUAGUUUUUCGGAAUACAUAUAUAAAUGGUGUUCAGUUAGAGUUGCUCAUUAUCGGCAACGCAGCAGAACUGCUGUGAGUAAAGAAAAAGAGUAUCUUGUGUCAGCUCAAUCACCAUUAGUACUUCCUGAAGAAUCAGUAGAUGUUUCAGUAUUGCAACCUCCAGCUGGAGAACCAGACAGUAAGAGUAAGGAAAAGAAAGCUGAAACUAUUGUUCUAGGUGACUUAAGUAGUGUGCACCAGGGAGGUUUGAUUAAUCACACUUUAGAUGCAAUUGAACUUGAACCAAGCCAUCCUCAAACUCUUUCUCAGUCUCUUCUCUUAGAUGUUACUUCAGAAAUCAAUUCAUUAUCUAAAAUAGAAGUAUCUGAGCCUAUUAAAUAUGAGGCAGGGCGUACACCAUCACAAGUGAUUCCCCAAGAGAGUUCUGUUGAGGUUGAUAAUGAAACAGAAAAAAGGUCUGACAGUUUUAGUUCUAUAGAGAAACCAACUGUGAUCUAUGAAACAAAAAAACUUGAUGAAGUAAUGGAUAAUAUUGUAAAAGAAGACUCCAUGCAAAUUAUCACAAAGCUAUCCGAAACAAUAGUGUCACCUGUAAACACAGCUAUUGUGCCAGACAGUGAAGACGGGGAAGCCAAAAUGAACAUAGCUGACACACCAAAGCAAAUUUUGACUCCUGUUGUGGAUUCUUCUUCAUUACCUGAAGCAAAAGAGGAAGAACAGUCUCCAGAAGAUGCCCUUUUAAGAGGGUUACAGAGGACAGCUACAGAUUUUUAUGCUGAAUUACAAAAUUCUUCAGAUCUAGGAUAUGCUAAUGGAAAUCUUAUACAUGGAUCAAACCAAAAGGAAUCAGUGUUUAUGAGACUUAAUAACCGUAUUAAAGCCUUAGAAGUUAACAUGUCUCUCAGUGGUCGCUAUCUGGAGGAACUUAGCCAAAGGUACCGAAAACAAAUGGAAGAAAUGCAAAAGGCUUUCAAUAUGACAAUAGUAAAACUUCAGAAUACUUCAAGAAUAGCAGAGGAGCAGGAUCAGCGGCAAACUGAAGCCAUCCAGUUGCUACAGGCACAACUGACCAACAUGACACAGCUUGUUUCAAAUUUGUCAACAACGGUAGCAGAAUUAAAACAUGAGGUUUCAGAUCGACAAAGCUAUCUUGUCAUAUCUUUGGUUCUCUGUGUUAUCUUGGGACUGAUGCUUUGUAUGCAGCGUUGUCGAAACACUUCUCAAUUUGAUGGAGAUUAUAUUUCAAAACUUCCUAAAAGUAACCAGUAUCCAAGCCCUAAAAGGUGUUUCUCUUCCUAUGAUGAUAUGAGUUUGAAAAGGAGAACUUCAUUCCCACUUAUCAGAUCCAAGUCUCUACAAUUAACUGGGAAAGAAGUAGACCCAAAUGAUCUGUACAUUGUAGAACCCCUCAAGUUCUCUCCAGAAAAAAAGAAGAAACGCUGCAAGUACAAAACUGAAAAAAUUGAGACCAUAAAGCCAGCACAUCCAUUGCACCCUAUAGCCAAUGGCGACAUAAAAGGAAGAAAGCCUUUUACGAACCAGAGAGAUUUUUCUAAUAUGGGAGAAGUUUAUCACUCUUCUUAUAAGGGUCCUCCGUCUGAAGGAAGCUCAGAAACUUCAUCACAGUCAGAAGAGUCUUAUUUUUGUGGCAUUUCAGCUUGCACAAGUCUGUGCAAUGGACAGUCCCAAAAGACAAAAACUGAGAAGAGGGCUUUGAAACGAAGGCGGUCUAAAGUCCAAGACCAAGGAAAAUUGAUAAAAACUCUCAUACAGACUAAGUCAGGAUCAUUGCCAAGCCUGCAUGACAUAAUCAAAGGAAACAAAGAGAUCACCGUGGGAACACUUGGUGUUACAGCAGUCUCGGGACAUAUUUAAAAUUAAUCGAACUUUUCAUACUGGAGACUUUUGUUGUUGUUCUUUGAAGAACAGUCUGUGGUAUUUGAAGGGUUUGGGGGAGGGAGAAAAUAUUACUGGGAAAAGUAUUCAGAAAUUAUGAUUCCUGCCUUUUUAAAAAGUAGGUGGGAUUGUGUCAAUCUUGGUUAGUGAGCUGCAGUUUUACAAGGCUGAUCACUUCCUACGAGGACAAUGGUAGACAUUUUAUAAAGAUUUUUUUCACAGAUUAAUUACUGGGACAAAAGUAAUUCGGAAGCCCAGUUCCUUGGGUGGGAUAGGAAUGAAAGCCUAAACCUCUUCCUUUAGCUUUGUUCCUACUUCUUGCACCUUCCCAUAUUUAUGUGCCUUUUGUCUAUUUAUAAUGCCACUGGAAGAGGAGGGAGAACUUUUCCUGUCAUUUGAUUUCUUUUAUAACUUUGUUAGUUUUUUGAAGCUGCAAACACUACAAGGCUUUAAUGUGAUCUGCGCCUGGAGUUCAGUAAAGAUCAGUAAAGACAGUGUAAAGAUCCUAAAGACUUGGCCAACUAGACCUCUGUUUAGCAAACUCACUUGAAACAGACACUUGAUGGAAUUUUUACAUCUGUUCUUUUAGGUAAGUGGUGAUGCUUUUGAUGUUAUUUUCAUUUAACUUAUUCACACUAGUUUUCUUUGGUUACUAAUUCAAUGAGAAGGGGAAGAAAAAAACGACAGGAUCUUUUCUUGAAAAUAACUAGUACUUGCAAAUAAUUGUUUUAUAAACUCACCUUUUAAACACAUUUAGCCACUUUUAAGGGUUUUCUUUAGCUACAUUACAUUUUCAACAUUCACAAUAAGCACUAAUCCUCCCAACUUUCAGAUCACUGUUUUCUCUUACAAAUGGAAAAUUCAAAGGUUCGUCAAAUGAGUCCAGGUCUCAUAAUCACUGCCUAUGUAUAUAUGCACAGAACCAGCUAGUGAGUUUGUCAAGCCUUGUCUAAUUGGUCAAGUCUAAAGGGAUUAUUAUUCCUUGAUGUUUGCUUUGUACUGGCUACAAAUGUGCAGAGAUAUACAUGUGUGAUGUCAAUGGGUUUGUCUUCGUCUUUUUUCUUUAAAAAUAAUUGGCAGUGACUGUAUUUGAAUCAAAUGAUUUCUUAAGUAUGUGUUUGUACAGUAAUGAGUGAAAGUGGAAAGUUUCUUUUUGAAAGGGAGAGAAUUGACCGUUUUGUGUUGCAAGAUUUAAGUUAUUGAGCACUUUUAGUAAUAACUGUUUUUCAACUUGUCUAAUACCUUUCUGGGGGUAUUGGUUGUAAUGUGACUUAUUUAAAGCCUCUUUUGUUUAAGUUGCUGCUUUAGGUUAACAGUAUGUUUUAGAUGAUUUAAAAUUUUUUCCAAUCUGUACAAUUAGCCAUUCAGAGCAAGAGGGCCUGAUUGUAUAGAAACCCAUUGAAAAGAGGUCCAGAUGAGAGCAGAGGUAGAACGGGAAGUUACACCAUCUGUGUGCAGCAUCCAGGGUUGUGGAAAGACGACUUUCAAUAUGUAACUACGGAGCUGUAGUGCCAUUAGAAACUGUGAAUUUCCAAAUAAAUCUGAACACUUGUCUUUAUUAA